AUGAACAAUACCACCUCAGCAAGAACAACGAAACUGGAUGCUGAGCUGAGUCGACUUCAGGGUGAACAUAAUGAAUUGCAGAGAAGGUUUCACGAAUUGAGCAGGAUGCUUAAUAUUGAUUCAACUCCGGAACUUGUUAUGAAGAAACAUAUCACAGAUCUCAAGAAGUACAACGAAUUGAGGGACACAGGUUUAGGGCUAACCCAGAUCAUCGCAAAUGAGAAAAAGUGCAAAAUCAAAGAAGUUUUUGAAGAAAUGGGCUACGACAUGCAAGACCGGCCUUGA